GUCACAAUUUGUUAGCGGAGAAAUAGUUGAAUAUGGAGGAGGACGCCAAUCAACCUAAAAAAGGCAUUUUGAGGAACAAGUCUGAAGAUAAACACCAGUAUGUAUCGCUUUCAAUAACAAUUAACCUGUUGAUAUUUUUGUUACCGAAGGUAUUUUUGUCUCCAAGUGAUCUAUGGCGCGUCAGUAGAAUUCCUGACUUACAGCACGCGCGUCCUAAACCUUUACAUUUAAUUUAAUACUAAUGCUGUAGUUAACUUUACUACUUUUUCUUUUUCGGUGUUGUAAGGUAACAGUCAUCUCCUUGAAUGGAGUUUUGAUAGGUUUAGAUUUACUUGUACUGUUCACACUUUGCUCGAGACUGAAAUGAACACAAAAUUUGGAAUGAACACAGCUGUGCAAUGAAGAAUAUUCCUGUCAACCUGUAAUUUAGGCGUGCGAUCACAAUAUUGAACUCAAACAUCUUUUCUUCUGCUCUUCUGUAAAUCUUCUGAGAAAUUUUUUUUCCCUCACAAUAUUGCAUAUUCCUUGUCGAAUUCGAUGCAAACUGCUGAUUAUCCUUGAACGAAAUAGCAUAGUUCGUGGUUCGCUUCUUUCGCUCGACUUACAUGGGAAUUCUGGUGUACUCAUUUUGCGACGUUGGUUGAUAAUCGUGAACUAAGGUUUUACUCAUUGCUUUGAUUAUGAAAAAAAAAACUUAGAUCUCGCCAGUAAUUUUCGCUCGCAUCCACCUGAAAGUGGAAAAAAAAAGGUACAAAUUUUUAUUAUUUGUAACAGGAGUCCCUGCAUGCAUUUAGGGAGCAGAUGUGCAGAAAUAAGCUCGAAAAGGUUUUUGAAAUUUUAAUUUAUCACCCUGUUUGUGGUAUAGGUGUUCCAUCGACCCUAAUUUUUUAUUGCUUGGUGAUUUGUUAAAUCUACCUUGAAAAGGUGUAGAUUAAUGAAUCUCAUCUGAAAUUUUCGGUAUUUCUAGUGAAGCACUUUUGAUAUCUUAAGUUAAAAUUUUGAAUUUUAUUUUUUCGGUUUGGAUCAGAAAUCAAACAGAGAAGACAGAGCUGAGGGUGAAAUACCUAUUUUAUACGGGCGCAGUGUUAAGAUACAACAGAGCUUAUAAAAUUAGUUUGUAUUGUUUGACUUAAGCCUGCCUCUACUUAAUUCUUUCUUGUUUGCAUGGAAAUCUUGAAUAUGUAAAUUGUAAAUAUACUCUCAAGUGGUGUCUGCAAUGCAUACUAAAUUCGUAAGAGAUAAUUUUUUUCCUCUAUCUUAGUCAGGGAAUAAAUUUUUAAUUUCUCUGAUACUGGUGAAGCUAAUAUGUGGCUUCAAGACACGUAAACAUAUUAAUUGUUUUGUUUUAGGUGUGACUUUAUAUACAUCUUUUUUCCAAUGAAGUGUUUUGAUGGAAGUGAAUUUAUGUUAGAGAUUUUCAUUUUCUGAUUAACAUUUGAUUACAAUCUUUCACUAUUUUUCAAAUAUUUUUGUAUAUGAAGUUACCAUAAACAGUUCUGGGAAAUUUUUCUCUACUGAGUUCUUACUAAAAAAAAAUUUACUACCCACAGGAUAGUAAUUUAAAUUUUAAUCUUGGAAUAUGGAAUUUUGAAAUAUUGUUUUCGUGAUAAUUUCAUCACAACUUGAUUGGUGUGCUGAAGAUCCUUUCUAAUUUUCUUAGAAGUUCCAUCACAUUCUGUUCCCGUGAAAUAGUGCCGCUUCCUGUAAUUAAUGCUAAUAGUUAAAACAAUGUUUUCCUGUGAGCAACACCUGUUAUGUUCACAACUACAUCCUGGGUGGCAAAAUUUUUAGAUUGGGAAUUUUAAAAGAGGGUUAUGGAUUCCUCUGUGCAAAAUUAAAUUUAUGAAAAUGAGUAGUAAAUACAGAGCGGAUGUUAUCCAAAGUUAAUCCCUAUUUAUGCAAGAAUUUAGUGAUCAUAAUCUUGGAUCACAUUAUGGAAAAGUGUACAAUAUGUUCUGUGUAGUUCAAAUAUUGUCAAUCAUGUUUCAUGUGAUGUCUUUGAAUAGUAGAUCUAUUUGAAAAAGUGUGAGUAAAGGAAAAUUGAAUUAUAGUUUGUAUGUUUUUAAAGGUCAGCAGGUUCAAAUUCAAAUUAAGUUCUGCUUAUGAAAAUUGUGGUGUCUUGACUGGGCCAACUUCAAUAUAUUUUGGUUGGAAAAUAUGGUGUUUUUUGAAGAUUGAUCUUUACCUUCUGUUUUAGUGAUUAGAUUAGAUGGGAAUGUUGGAAACAGAAACUAAGAUAAAUCUUGGAUUUCAACUAUUUAAUCAAUGAGAGGAAGUAGAGAUUCUUAAAUAAAGAAUUAUUUCUCACUCUUCCAUUUAUUUCUUUCUAACCCUAAACUUUUUACCAUUUAUGUGAACAAGGACACUGAUGUAAUCUGUAGUAAACAAACUGAAAGUAUAUAUUUGGAUAAUAUGCAAUUAAUGACUGAACAGGAGUACAAGGUCUGAGGGUCAUGACAAGAACUAAAUAAUAUUUUUCCUUCUCCUUGACCAAACUCAGUCAGUAAGUAUUUUAAGUGUUGAAAAUUUUGUUGUAACCUCAAUAGGACACAGUUGACAGGUGCAUGUGGUACAACCACAAAAUAGAUUUUACAUAAAAAUUUACUUUUUCUUUUUUAGUCAGAACAAGAAACUCAAAUUUCAUUUUCUAAUUUUGGUUUUCUUUUAGUGUUGGCAAUAAAGCAGGGCCAAAUGGCUUUUUCUGGAUUGGCUUUUGUCAACCUGUUCAUCCUUACAUGUGUCUACCCUCACCAAAGUUUUUUCUAUGGGAUUGUGUAUGGGGGGGAGAAGGGGAAGGGGAGGGAGGAGGGAGGAGAAGAGGGAAGAAGGGGGAGAAGAGGGAAGGAGGGGGGCGAAGAGGGAAGGAGGGGGUUGGUUGUGUUUUUGUGAUAAAACCUCUCAAACAGGUUUCAUAGCAUAGAGGGCACAUGGCACAUAGCACAUAGCCAGUCUGUCUCAGUAGAAUUACAGCAGUUAAAAUGUAGAGAAUUAAAUUUGAACAAUUUCAAAUGCUCUUAAUUUCAGCUCUGGUAUUCAUUGGGAUGAAAUGAAUAUUUUGAUGACACAUCAUCCCCCAGAUAAAGACUAUGGCCAUAUGAAGAUCAAUGAACCUCCGACGCCAUACAGUAAAUGGAAAGAUCCAGGUGAUGAUGAAGGUGAAGGGACAGCAGAUCCCUUUUCUGACGAUGAAGCUGAUCCACAAAAGUUAGAUCCAGAAAACUUACAUGACAGGUAAGUGAUGCAGUUAAGGGUUUUAACCCCCAGAAGUGAUGAACUUGUAACUUUCCCUUGCAAUUCCGAUAUGUUAUCUUGUCAACAAGUCAGGAGAGUAAAAAAACUCAUUGUAUCAGUAAGAGGGCAUUUUGCUGUUAUAACUCUUAAGUCCCCUGUCUGAUUUACAAGGAACUGUUUGGCAGUCAGUAGGGAGAAAUUCAAAUUGGAUCUUGCGACUCAAAGGCAGGGUUCUCAAUAGAUUUUUAAGUAGGAGGUGAUCACUGAUAAAGUAGGAGGCCUCAUUACCAUGUUCAUCGAUCGAGUCCAGAACCGUAAGCAAGUUUCCCAGUUUUGUUUGGAUCACAGUCAUGCAAGAAACGGAAGAGAAAUUCGGAAACAACUCAAGCAAACUUGCAGAACAAAACAAAGAAAAGAAAAGUGACUUAAACACAAAGUAAGCGGCUAUAAAUCCCAAAGUAAGCAGCGAUCAAUCACCAGGUGCCACCUUCCAUUGAGAACCCUGAAAGGGUUAAGGGUUUUGACCCAUGGUUAACAGAUGGUGUUGUAGUGUGAUUAUCCUCUCAUGUGUGUGUGAUUGCAAAGUCCUGAAAAGGACUCUUAGGGAGAAAAUUAACUGAAUUUUCCGCAGUGUGACUAGCACUCCAAAAUGUUACAGUCUUGAUUGCCAUUGCUGAUAGACAAAAAAUCUUGAUGACAAAAUGUGUUGUGGUGAUAAUCUUGCACCCUAUAAUCAGCAGUCAUAUAGCAAGCUGCAAUUUUUUUUUCUUUAAUUUCUUGUUUAUGGUCUUAAGAUAAAUUGGGAUAAACAUUUGCAUGAGAAAUUGAGCUUGGAAUGAACUGCCUGAGCUAACCACAGAUUGGGUAGCUCAGGUUGUAGAGUGUUGGACUGUGUGUGAGAGGUUGACAGUUCAAACCCUUGACCGCAACAUUCAGGGUCUUGAAAUAACUGAGAAGAACCGGCUGUCUUUGCUAUGACAUCCGCAAAUGCUCGGAAAUCCUAGUCUUCUUAGAUAAGGAUGAUAAACCAUAGGCCCUGUCUCCUGCAUCUUCUCUGUGCUGGUUAGCAAGGGACAUAAAGAACCAACACACUUCUUGCAAAGAGUAGAGAAGGUAGCUCCCAUUGUUGUGGUCUGGCCUUCUUUCCAAAAUGGGGGCACCUACAAAAUCUCCUUCUAAAAAUUGUAAAAUGCUUAUUAUCAGUCAGGCCAAGUGUUGUAAAUUUCAGUAGGGCAUGAUUAUGGAUAAUACCUCAUAUCGGUGCUACAUCAUCAUCUGCCCUGGUGAGUAGUAAAAAUUAGGCUGUUGUUCCAAGAAAGUCUGUUUUUAGUUGAGACUGUAAAUGUGGAAGAGUGUUUAGAGUUUGACAGUGUUGUAACAUAUACUUCAUUGACCAGGAUCAAAGAUGCUCCAAAGAGAGGCUCCUGGGAUGAAAAUGCAGACAAUGAUGAUGAUGAUGAUGAUGAUGAUAUUGACGAGGAUUUAUCAGAAAGUCAGAAAGGUGAGAAACAUACUCAGUUUGAUUGUCAUAUCUCUCAGUUACUAUAAAUAUGCCCUGUGAACAGUUAAUUUAGCAUGUUGUGUUCUACUGCACUGACGGCAUGCUAAAAUCUGACUCCGGUUUUGUUGGCUUAGUUUCCUGUUUCAACCUCAGUAAGUGAAUGGAAUUUUAAAUCUUUCAUUUUCUUUACAAUUUGUGUGUGAGUUUGCUGAAGACUGAUUUAUGAUUUCAAACUACCCCACUUUGUUUUGAGCAUGUGUCGGGUAUUUAAGGCUGCUGCAUGGGACUAUAAAUCAUUUCUUAAGUCUUUCAGUCAUUUAGUAGACUUGUCCUAAUUAUUUGCUAACCUCAUCUUUUUGCUUGGAAUUGUGAGUUAUGGCCUCUUGUUUUUUCCCAUAUGAUAUAUCACCUGGGCUCUGAGGCCUUAAGUUGAAUACAUUCUCAGGCUUCUAUGUGCAGGCUAUGAAUUGUAAGGGCAAAUAUUUGGGCUGUAACUUAAGUGUAGACCUCAAACUUGGUUUGUAAGAGGUACAUGAUAAGUAAUAAUUUGUUUGUUUCCCUUAUCUCUAGAACAUAAAAAAGCAUUUAAAGACAAGAGGAGGGUACACUACAAUGAAUAUUCUAAAGUUAAACUUGCAAGGAAACUUAUAGAGCAAGAGUUAAAAGAUUUAGAAGAUGACAAUGAUGGUUCAUUAGACACAGCAAAGGAAGGAUCAAGUUCAACAGAUGCUUGUGCAGCUGAUACUCAGGUGGUCUAUUGAGCUUUUAACCAUUUAGUCCUUAAUCAACCUUUUACACCCCAUGUUCAGUAUCCACAUUCUCCAUACCCUUCUCAAUACAUUUGCUUUAGUACUGAGAAGGAGAAUUUGUUGAACAAUCAAAGUUUUUUAGCUUGGUGAUCAUUUCCUUCACUCUCAUGUUUUUAAUGAAUGGUUCAGCAGUAUUACUGUAAGGAGAAAUUAGAUACUGGUCACUCUUAGGGUUUAAAGGGUUAAGAGUGAGCAGCCACUAAGUUCUUGCAUUAUCACCACUGAAUCAAACAUUAAUCCUUUCACUCACAAGAUCUCUUUUAUUAGUAAUUCUUUUUACUGUCUGUCAUACAAUUCCUAUUUUGUUUGCUUAUUUCCUGCUUGCCUUUGGAGUAAGCAGUAAAGUUGACAUAGGUUUUUGGAGAUUCAUGAGAUAUUAAGUCACCAGAAUUUACUCAGUCUCCAUGGCAGCUCAUUUGACAUCUUGAAAAGGGUAACAUUCUGGGCCCAGUUGUUCUGGAAUUUAAACCUUAAUCAAUCUAGGUUUCUAUAUUGAAAAUUUUCUUCAAUUUUUAGAGUAUGUGGUUCUUUUUUUUCAAUUAUUUAAAUCAUUUUUAUUAACUCUAAUUGUAAGUCAAUUUGAAAAACCCGCAAUGAUAUGUUGAUCAGAGCAUGAACUUCAGUGGAUUAUUCUAUCCUUUUUAUUAGUUUUGGAAUGUUAAAACAAUGAUUUUUUCUUUUCUUGUUUUUUGGAAUGUUAAUUUUCUCUUUUUCUUGUUUUUCAAUCUCCUUGACCUGUUUUUACUUUUCCUUUUUUCCAGAUGGAUGAGACAUAGGACCAUAUUGAUUGUUGCUCAAGUCUAAAUGACAUAGUCUUGUAAUAUUGUACAACUAGCAAGAAAAUGUUGACAGAUUGUAACUGUAAACUGUACAGAUAGGAAACAGCAGCAAGAAUAAGAUUAUAUGAAAAAAAAUAUUUGAUUGUAGGUAUAUCAUAGCUUAAUUUACAGAACAACAGAAGAUUCCAUGUUUACGAGUGUCUUGGCAGAAAUAAAGAACAAUAAGGAAAAACUUGAGGCAAGAAUAAUUUGUAAGUGUUUGAUGCACAUUCUACCUUUGGUACAAAGUUAUAAAUUAUUGCCCAUAUAGUAAAGAUAUUUUUAGUGGCCUGCACAGGAGGUGCGCUCUUUAACUGGUGUUAGAGGUAAACUUAUCCUUGCUUGAGCCAGAAGUCACAUCACUUAUACAGAAGUCAUAGAUAUGGCUGUUUUUCUCUGUUUAACCUUUUAACUCUCAAGAUCUGAUUUAGAAUUCUCCCAUUUAGCUGCGACCUAUUUCCUUGUGACUUAGUUACAAGAAUUAGGCGUUAGAUCAAGAUAACUGCUUCUAUCCCAUAGUAUUCUCAUCACAUAGCUGUGUACUGGAUAAUGUAUAGAUAUUGUAUAGGGAGAAGUUACAUGUUAAUCACUACUUCUGGGCAUUUAAGGGUUAACAUUUUACAUGCAUUCUCACCAGGCAACAGCUUUGUUAGCUGAUUAUUCUUAAGAUUUACAAAGGGAAAUAUUUUAAUCCUAAUUUAUUGUGAUUCCCUCAAAUACAAAACUUAGUUAAAUUUUCAGAUUAACAGUGCAAAGUUCUGUUAAUCCUUUUGUUCCUAAGAUCUCAAUGUUUCUUUUUGUGACAAACAUCACACACUCCUUUAAAAGUCAGUCUUUAGAAUUUAAUGUACUAACAGGAAAUUUUAUUGUGCACAAAAAUUAGAGUUUUUUUCAGAAUUAUAGAUUAUAAAUGAACUUUUUUUACUUUAGAUUUAGAGUGGUUCAUUUAACACUUCAACUCUAGCUUUGAUUAUCAUUUUCUUAUCUUUUUAUGGAAAAUGUAUUUCUCAAGGUGCUUCUUUGCACCUUUGGGAGUGUGAAUAACUGAAAUGAUAAACACAAGCUAACAAAGUCACUUCAAACAGUGGAAUAGUCCUAAGUUUUUUUUAUUUUUGUGACCACCUCCAUUUUCUCAGAUAAAUUCCCCAAUUUUUUUUUUAAAUGCACUUUGUGCUGUGAGGCUGAAUGACAGUGAUGGUAUUAAAUAGGCAGUAUAUUUACUCCAUAAACACCUGGCUCCAGUUGUUGGAUAACGUUAUCCAAUGGAUAAAUUCCCUUCUCCCUCAAAAAAAAAUAACAGGUGAACAAAAGAAAAUUAAGUUACUACGUAAUUGAUGCAAGAUCUUUGUGCAAGUUGCAGUAUAAAGCUGUGAGACUUCCAGAUUGACUACAAAAAUAGCACUUAAACCUUCUUUGCACUGAACAUCAAAUUCAAUGUCCACAUAGAUUAGAUGUUAAACAGGAUAAUUCAUUAUGGCUCAGUUUUCCGAGACACAUGUGUAAAUUGGGUCUUCCUCAAAUUGAUCAGUUUACAUGACCUUUAUCCUCAAGUUGACAAAAGUAAACUUAGAGAUAACAAAUCUCCUCUCCAAAAUUUCACUGCCCUCCCUCAUAGUGUGAUAAUUUGUUAUUAUAAAAGUACAAUGCCACAAAAUAAAUAUCUAGUCCUCCAGUAGCUAUAGAAUUUGCAAGAUAUGACCAUGAAACAGCUCAAUAUUGCCUCUAUGGACUAAAACCACCUAGUGGAAUUAUCCAUUAUAAUUUCUUUGCUUACAAGAAUUGAUUCACUGCCCUCCCUCAUGGUGUAAUAAUUUGUUAUUACAAAAGUACAAUGCCACAAAAUAAAUAUGAAGUCCUCCAGUAGCUAGAGAAUUUGUAAGAUAUGACCGUGAAAUAGCUCAAUAUUGCUACUACCAACUAAAACCUCUUAGUGGAAUUAUUCAUCAUAAUUUCUUUGCUUACAAGAAUUGAUUCUAAAUUGUUAUAUGAUAAUCUUAAUCAGACACACGAUUCUCACUCAUGAUCAAUUGGAGGACAGACGCAUAGAUGAUGUCACCAUCAACAGCAUUUUACUGUUUUAUCAUUUUGCUGUACGUCUGUAUAGUAAUAGAUUGCAGAAAACAUCAAAAUACACUAAGAACAUUAUAUUCUCCAUACUGUUCUCUAUACAUUUCCUAAGGUGCUGACAAGGAUAGUUAGCUUAAUGAUUAAAGUUCUCCCCUAACCCUCCCCUGUGCUAUGCAUAUAAUUUAAAAGUUCAGGUUGUCAUUUUUUCAGUUUUGCUGCAAAUUGAUAUUAAAUACUUUAUUGUUGGUAAUGGGCGAGAAUUUAGACUCAAUACCUGCCAAAUCUCAAAAGAAAGUGUUCCAAUUGAUAACUUUUAAAAGUUAAC